ACAACGCCUGGUCCAUUGCUUCCUGCAAACGCAUUCGAACAGAUUCUGUUUCGCACUCGACGUGCAUUCUUCGACCCGAUCGAUCUGCGCUGCUCUCCCUCUUGCCGCCUGUUGAGGAACAACCGCCGCAAUGGAUCAACAACAGCAGCAGCACCAACAGCAGCCUCAGCCUGGAGGUGUUCCCGGGCCCGCUGGGCGCCGGCUGCACAUUGCUCAUCGCAGAAGCCCGUCGGAGUUGACCCCAUUGAUGAUGGAACAGCUGGCAAUCCAGCAGCAGAUUGAGCUGUUGCAGCAACAGCAACACCAGCUCCAGGCGACCUACCAGCAAAUGAGCAUGCUGCCGGGCCAAGCCAUUAGCGCUGGAGGUUACAACCCGCUGCAGGCAAUGUCCAACAUGUCGCCGCAAGCCGGCUAUCAGUUCCCGACCCAGCUUCCGCAGCAGAACGUGGCUUUGGCUCCGCCAACACAACCGAUGUCACAUCGCCGUAAUCAGUCGGCUCUCCCUAACAUGGGCAUGGGCCCACCGCCUGCACCAUCGUCUGGUGCUUCCGGAUCUGCCUUUGGCAAUUUUGAAAACUCUCAGGGGCAAGGUCGUGAGAAUGCUGGCACUCGUGGCGGCCGCGGCGGCGGCUCUGGAGGCGGCCAUCAGAGGCGUCAUUCCUUGGCUCUAGCCGACGCUAAGAAGGCCGCCGAGGCCGCCCAGCGAAAGCGCACCACCUCUGCCUUUCAAUUCCCUGCUCCCGGUGCCUCGACCUCCACUGAAACCCAGGAGGAUAAGGACAAGGACAAGGAGGCGAGCCCCGAGAGUACCCCUGCACCGGCUCCGUCUUUCCGCGGCGGGCGCGGCGGUCAUGGUCGCAGCCAGAGCAUGGCUGUUGGCGGUGACUUCCCCCGCCGUGGUGCUGGUGGCGGUCAUGUCCGCACUUCGUCCCGCAACUUUGACAGCAACUGGCGCACGCAAGGUCAGAACCAAGCCCAGGACCAGACCGGUGCCGCUCAGAAUCAGGGGUUCCAGCCGGGCCACCGUAGCCGGAGCUCCGUCAACCACCAGUCCAUCUCAAACAUGGGAGGUUUCCAGUAUCCAGGCCAACCUCAGCUGAUGCAGCUCCCUGGCCAGAUGAUGAUUCCCAACAUUUACGGCGCCCAGCAGCUGAAUCCCAUGCAGCUCAAUCAGCUGCAAGCUCUCCAGGUUGCGUCCAUGAAUGGCCAGCACCUGGCCGGGCUCCAGGCAAGCCAGCAUGCUCCCCAAUUGGGCGCCCAGCCGUCUCAGCAGCAGCAGCAGCAGCAGCAGCGCAAGACCCUCUUUACCCCAUACUUGCCGCAGGCUUCGCUCCCCGCUCUCCUGGCUGAUGGUAAACUUGUUUCUGGCAUUCUGCGAGUGAACAAGAAGAACAGGAGCGAUGCGUACGUCUCGACUCAGGAUGGUCUUCUUGACGCCGACAUCUUCAUCUGCGGCAGCAAGGACCGUAACCGUGCCCUCGAGGGAGAUCUUGUCGCCGUUGAGCUCCUCGAUGUUGAUGAGGUCUGGGCCCAGAAACGCGAGAAAGAGGAGAAGAAGAAACGCAAGGACAUCACUGAUACGCGUUCCGGAUCUACUGCUGGCACUGGCCAGGCUGGCGGCAACGGUGACGAUAACGGCGCAGGUGAUGGUGGAAUUCGCCGCCGUGGCAGUCUCAGGCAGCGGCCCACUCAGAAGAAGAACGAUGACGUUGAAGUUGAGGGCCAGAGCCUGCUCCUUGUUGAGGAGGAAGAGAUCAGCGAUGAGCAGAAACCUCUUUACGCCGGCCACAUCGUUGCCGUCAUUGAGCGCGUCGCGGGCCAGAUGUUCUCUGGCACGCUGGGUCUCCUCCGUCCUAGCAGCCAGGCAACCAAGGAGAAGCAGGAGGCUGAGCGAGCUGCACGCGACGGCGGCGUGUCGCGGCAGCCGGAGUCUCGCACACAAGAGAAGCCCAAGAUCGUCUGGUUCAAGCCGACAGACAAGCGUGUCCCCCUAAUCGCCAUUCCGACGGAGCAGGCUCCUCGCGACUUUGUUGAGAAGCACCAAGAAUACGCCGAUCAGAUUUUCGUGGCUUGCAUCAAGCGCUGGCCCAUUACUUCACUGCACCCGUUCGGUACCCUGGUCGAGAAGCUUGGGAAAAUGGGUGAUAUCAAGGUUGAGACAGACGCCCUCCUCCGAGACAAUAACUUUUCGUCGGACGAGUUCGCCGAGGCCGUUCUGCGCAGCGUAGGCCUCCAGGACUGGACGAUAGCCAAGGAGGAUGAGGCUGCCAUCUCUUCUCGAAGGGAUUUCCGUGACGAGAAGGUCUUCACUCUCGAUUUGAACGGUUCCGCCGAGCUUGGAAAUGGUGUUCACGUCAAAACUUUGCCUGAUGGCAAGAUCGAGAUUGGCAUCCACGUGCCAGAUGUUACUCAUUUUGUCAAACCUAAUUCGCUGCUGGAUCGCGAGGCAAAGAAGCGCGGCACUGCAGUUCACCUUGUCAACCGAUUCUGCGCACUUCUUCCGCCAAAGCUGUCGGGAGAGGUCUGCUCGCUCAUUCCGAACCAAGACCGACUGACUGUCAGCGUCGUUUUCCACGUCAAUCCGUUGACUGGCGCGGUUGCCGAGGGCGAUGUCUGGAUCGGGAAGAGUAUCGUCAAGAGCGCCGGCAAGCUCUCGCUCUCGCAGAUGGAUGAGGCCAUCUCUGGCACCGCUGGGUUCAACCACGAGGUUGUGGAGGCUAAAGACAUUGAGCUGCUCAACGGCCUGACUCGGAAGUUCCGCGAGACACGCCUAGGUGCUGGCGGCGAAGCGAUCGCCCCCUUGCGUCUCUUGCAGCAAUUGGAUGAUGAGAACAUUCCCGUCAAGCAUAACAUCUUCGAUACCACCCCGGCGACAGAAUUGGUUGAGGAACUCAUGCACAAGGCCAACGAGUUUGUUGCUCAGCGCUUGGCACGCGCGCUGCCUGAGAAAGCGCUGCUGCGUCGUCACGCAGCUCCUAUUCCGCGCCGUCUGCAGACCUUUGUGGAACGUAUGACGGCACUCGGUUAUGAGAUUGAUUCUUCGAGCAGCGGCACGCUCCAGAACAGCCUCUUCCGAGUCGAGGAUGCUGAUAUCAGAAAGGGCAUGGAGACCCUGCUUCUCAAGUCGAUGCAACGCGCCAAAUAUUUCAUCGCGGGCAAGACGGCCAAGCACCUCUGGGCUCAUUACUCGCUCAACCUGCCGCUCUAUACUCACUUCACCAGCCCGACUAGACGCUACGCCGAUAUCCUAGUCCACCGACAACUGGAGGCCGUCCUUUCUGACGGCAAGGUGGAGUACAACGAGGAUUUGGAUAGUCUCGUGAAGACGGUUGAGGCUUGCAACACGAAGAAGGAUUCGGCGCAGAAUGCUCAAGAACAGAGCAUCCACAUUGAGGCGUGCCGCGCCAUGGAUAAGAAGCGUCAAGAAUUGAACGGCGACUUGAUCAGCGAAGGCAUUGUUCUCUGUGUCUACGAGUCGGCCUUCGAUGUUCUUAUUCCUGAAUGGGGCUUCGAGAAGCGGGUGCACUGUGACCAGCUUCCCUUGAAGAAGGCGGAGUUCCGGAAGGAGAAGAGGAUUCUGGAGCUCUACUGGGAGAAGGGCGUUCCCAGCUCUGCGUACGUGCCCGAGGACGAACGCCCCAAGGCUGCCCUGUCUCAGCGGUAUUCGAGCGCUCUGGCCGCUGCGCGCCAAGCCGAGGAGGCUGAGCGGGCCAAGAAGGAACGCGAAGAGGCAACAAGAAAGCAAACGGAGACGGGUACCAUUUCAACGGAUGACGUCGAUGCCCUAUUUGAUGACGACGAAGACAACGUGUCCGAUAAUGCGUCGGACAUUACGGAAGCGAUGGCCGGAGCAUCGUUGGCGGAACGGCCAACACAGAGCGUUCCUGGAUCGCCUACGCGAUCCCCCGCGGAUGCGGCCGGUGAUCUCCACCGCACUCGGUCGGACUCCAAAGUGCCCACGGCCGACGUGCCGGAGACGCGUCUGACGAACAAGGAGAAGUACCUCAAGUUGUUCAAGCUCAGGGAGGAAGGGGGUGACUAUAUCCAGGAUGUGACGGAGAUGACGCGGGUGCCGGUCAUUCUGAAGACUGAUCUCACCAAGAGCCCACCGUGUCUGACAAUCCGGUCUCUCAACCCGUACGCGCUCUAGGCUACCUGGCCUUAUACAAGACAUUUGGAAUGUCAUUGCGUGAGGUGAUAAUUGCCGCGCAGUGAAGCACCUGAGAAAACAGGGGAAGAGUCAGAGGUUCGGUAGUGUCUGGUAUAUCAAGUUGGCAGCA